AUGAACGAACGAAAAGGCCAGACGACGAAAGCGCCGUCGGUUCAUCAGUCUUGUGAUUCAUGUCAAGCCUCCAAAGUUCGCUGCGGAAAGGAACGCCCCACCUGCAAGCGAUGUGCAAAACAUAAGAUCGAUUGCGUGUACAGCGUAUCACGUCGA